AUGAAGGGGGAAGUAGAAUUCCUGGAAAGCGAUUCUCCAGGCAGAAGGCCAUGCACUUACACAAGAUCUCAGGCCAUGGCAUUAUAUGAAGAGCAUCGAAAGCAUAUUCUGAAAGAGCUGAUUGCCCGGGAGGUCCAGAAAAGAAUAACCAACAAGAUACUUGGAAAAAGAGAAACUGAGGAAGGCCUGUUAUUCAUCAAGCACAGACAUGAUACUUCUAUGGAUGGUAUCAGUGGGAUGUUGACUGAUGGUGAAUAUUCAAUAUCAUUAGAGGAAAAAGGUGUUUGUGAUGAAGACCGAACUCAAUACUCCAAGACACCUCAUUCUCCUCCAUCAAGCUUAGAUACAGGAAGGUGUAAGCCUAAUGCAAACCUUAGGAGACCUGAAAGAUUUGUAGAUGUGGAGGCCUGUGUAUCUGGGGAUGAAGGGAACUCUCUUGAUGCAGAUGAAGGAGAUCCUGAUGAUCUGUCAUUCAUUGCGUCGUCUGAUGAAGACUAUGAAGCACCUACCAAAAAACACAAUCGUGACAUGCUAAAGAUAAAUAAGAGGAUACUGAGGAAUCUUAAAAAGAAGUUUAUGAAAAAAGCCCAGAGCAAAGCUUUCUUUGGUCCUGAGGGCCAUACAGAAAAAGAACCUAGUGAUUGUGAGGUAAUAGAAGAGGAGGACAUUGACGUUUCUGAGGAUACGGUUGAGGAUAUUGUGGAGGACUUUAUGUUUUCUAAGGAAGAGAUGGAGUAUCCACAUGAAGCCAAGCCCUUCUUUACCAAGCCUGGGCAAAUCGAAUUUACUGAGAAUAUCAAGCUAGCAGAGAAGAGAUUGGGAGAAAGAAAGUCUGGGUGGGAUUUUGAUGAAAGCAAGUAA